AUGACAGAGACCUCCCCAGUCGCCAUCACGCAUCCAACCACGGAGCCUUUCCCGGUCACCGCCCCUCUGAACUCACCCAUCGUCAACGGCGCUGUCUCGGAUUCGGCACCGCCUGACGAGGAGGAGCCGUAUACCAUCAAAUGUAUAUGUGCGUUCCAAGAUGACGAUGGGAACACGGUGUUCUGCGAGGGUUGCGAAACAUGGCAGCACAUCGAGUGCUAUUACCACGGUCGAACUGUCCCAGAAGUGCAUAACUGUGUUGACUGUGAGCCCCGUCAUCUCGAUGGGCGGCGCGCCACGGAGCGACAAAGACGCCUCAGAGAACAGAGCGAUGGCGGUGACCGAAAAGUUAAACGAUCCGGGGCGAAGAGCCACAAGAAGAAGGUAAGGGAACAUGGGGACCAGGUAAAUGGUUUUCAUCAGCGGUCAGAGUCGACCAGCCGCGAUCAACCGCCGUCCAAAAAGACCAAGACCGGUCAUCGCGCGUCGCACUCGGUCAGCUCGCUGUCCGGAAUUCCGGUUCUCAACUCUGAUGCGCGCAAGCGCGCCGCAGCCUCCAUGAGCCCAACCAAAUCAUCAGGUCCCUCAAUUCCCUUAUAUUCUAAUGAGUUCCUCCAGCUUUAUGACCAGGAUCAUGGUCAUGCUGACAUUGAUGGCAAUCUCUUUGUCAACUUGACACUUGCAGCAGAUCUGGCCUCGUGGUUGAAAGAUCCAGUAUCUCUUGCGCAGGCCGCGAAUGGUCGCGCUUCAGAAGAGAUCUUCACCCGGUCUGGUGCGGCCUUGGACCGAUCCGAUUGGCCGUCACUAUCACUUGAAUCAAUAACGGAUUCUAAUACUGAAAUUGAUGGCAAACAUCCCACUUGGAAGCUUCUCAAAACCCAGAACGGUGUUAAUAAAGAUGAGAUCGUUGGCGAGAUUACAGGGAAGAUUGGUCUACUGCGUGACUAUUCCCUUGAUCCCAGUAAUCGGUGGCAGGAAUUACGGCAUCCUGAGCCGUUUGUUUUCUUCCAUCCCCAGCUUCCAAUCUACAUUGAUAGUCGACAAGAGGGCAGUAUUCUCCGUUACGCGCGACGAUCCUGCCGACCGAAUGUGACAAUGAAGACCUAUAUUACGAAUGACGUGGAGUACCAUUUCUGCUUUGUCGCCAAGGAGGACAUUGCGCCCGAUUCAGAAAUCACCGCAACAUGGUAUCUAGAUGCACAGUUGUUUGGACCUACCAAUGACCUCAUCAAGCAAGAGCCUGGUGAUAGUGUGCAGGAAAUGGCUGCUAUUUGUAUAAGCAACGUGCUGGCUAAUUUUGGUGGCUGUGCAUGUAUUCCUCCACAUAACUGCUUACUUUCAAAUCUCGAUCGUCGACGGCAUCCGAAACUCGUGGAUGGAAGCGUCAAACAAGCACAUGCGAAGCGGAGGAAAACAAAAAGCAAAUCUAACGUAUCACCGCCGACCAACAACAGUCGUGCUGGAAGCGAAGCCAUCAAGAACCCCGAGGAAGAUGAUCACGCUGACAGCCGUUCUGCAUCGGGCUCCACCCGUGGACAGACUCAUAGCCGUGAUCUGACGCCUACUAUACAGACGCCCAUUGAAAGCCUGGCCUUCGGGGAUUCUGAGUUAUCUGCUCGCGAAAGGCGCAAGAUCGCGGCAGCAGAAAAGAAGUUCCAGCAAUUGGAACAGGACCAACAGACAUCCUACAAACGGAGGAAGCGUGUUAGUGGUCAGUCGACUCAAACACCCGGGGCGGGCGCCUUUGAACGCCUAUCACAUUCACCCCCAUUGUCUGCUGGCGGCCACGGAUCUCCGCGGAAACCUUAUGGCUCCGGUACGCCUUCAAUGCGCUAUCCGCCCAUCCAGUUUCAAUACGUCGACUCAGCUGUUCAGGCGGAGCUAGACACCGCUAAUGGCUUGAUACCCUCACCUCCUUCCUCCAGGCGGCCGAGCUUCAUUCCCCUCACCCAACGCCUGCUUAAACGUUGUCAUAGUGACCGGAUUCGACUCGAAAAUACCGGCCAGCAACAGCCUGUCUCCCCUCAGUCAGUCAAAACUGCGCAUGAGGGGUUAUCAAACCCUCCACCAGUCGCCACCCCCGCUGCCACCACACCCAGUGUCUCAGGAGAAAAAGAAGAUGUGGAAAUGCGAGACCUUGAGUCGCCCACGGGGGCAUCCUCGGCAAGGUCGCAAACAUCUGUGGAUACCUCGCCGUCCCAUGGGCGAGGGCAAGGGGAGCCAUUGCCUUUACCGUCACCCUGGCCCUCGAGCGCAGCACAUAUCGCUCGCAUACCUGAGCGCAAAGCUACAAGUCCCCACGUGGACCUCCACGUUCCUCUUCCUCCAGCCACCGCCCCUUCCCUACCGUCGGCCACCAGCCCAAACUCCGCAAAGUCUUCGGCCGUAUCAUCACCAUCCACCUUAGAACCGCCCUCACAGCAUCCCACCACAACCACUCUACCAGGAGCGGGAGUGACUGCCCCUAGUCCUGUGAAAAAGAAGCUGAGUCUGGGUGAUUAUCUCAGUCGAAGGGGUUCGUUGAAGACUCCAACAGCUGAGAAAACGCAGGCCCAGGCCACUGCGAUGCCGCCACCUACCCCACCUGCCCAACCUUCUGAAAAGCGGGAUGGGUUGGCCAUCAACACACACCCGGAGAUCAACUCAACGGCCCAGUUCGGGAACCCGACUACAUCGGACAUGGCGAUGAAAGACGUUCGUGGCUCAACGCAGACUGCACACCCUCCUCCCGUGUCCUAA